AUGAAACUAACUUCAAUUUUGAUUUUAUUUUUUAUUGAAACUUCUGGAGGUUUGUCUUUAAAAAUUAAAAUUUUAAAAUGGCAAUUUUUCAAAAAUUCAAAUCUUUGACGGUCAAAAAAGUAUUGUCGCGUUUUAAGGUGGAAAGCUUUAGCAAAAAACGACAAAACUUUCUUGUUCGUUUUUUAGUGUUAAGGUUGUAAAAAAACUUUCUUUACAAUACAAAAAAUGGCAAGAAUUUUCUUUACAAGGCAAGACAUGGCAAGAGCAUUCUCGACAAGGUAAAAAUUGGCAAAAACUUUCUUUACAAGUAAAACAAUUGCAAAAACCUUGGUCUUUAUUUAACUAAAUCGUUAUUUUAAUCAAGCGAACAUAAUUAAUAUGGCAUUUAAUUAAAGAUUUCUAAAAAUUCUUAGUUUGAAAUUAUACGCCGUUGUAAAAUUAGCUGGAUGUAAAGAGUUAAAAAUGGAUCAAAGAUUAACAAUUUUCUAAUUAAAAAUAUAAUAAGGUUAAAAGACUUCAAAUAAUUUUAGCUCAAGCCCUUCGCUGCUUGACAUGUGAAGGCUCUCAAUGUAGUUAUACUGGACCGCUGAUUAGUGAAGAAUGCCCACCGGCUGUUCACUUAUGUUAUGCAUUGUCUAAUGAUAAUGGAGAUUGUAAGUUUUAUAAUUGUCUUAAACUCCGCUACUUCUUUAACUUGCUUCUUGGAGCUAAGCCUAAUUUGAAGUUAAACUUAAGCGUAAGGCUAAGCCUACGUUUAAGUAUUAUAUGAGUCUUAUGAUAAGCAGCUGACCAUGAGCACCGGCGCCAUAAUCAGUUUGAACUUUAUACUGAGCUUCAGGGUGUGCCUGAGCCUGAGGUUGAGUCUGAGCCUGAGCUUGAGCCUGAGCCUGAGCCUGAGCCUGAGCUAGAGCCUGAGACUGAGCUUGAGAGUGAGCCUGAGUUUGAGCUUGAACUUGAGCCUGAGCCUGAGCCUGAGCUAGAACCUGAGUCUGAGCCUGAGCCUAAGCUUGGGAGUGAGCCUUAACCACAGCUCAAAUCAUUUCAAACCUACGCGCAAGCCCAGACCUAAUCUCACGCUGAAGCCUACACUAAGGCUUAAGCCUAAGCUUAAGUGGCUGCCCAAGCUUUAGUUCUGCUUUGUGUUACUGUUCUAGAUAUACCGUAGGCUUUAUAGUUAGUCCGUUUUAAAGCAUUUUAAAACAUAAAAUUAUUUUAGUGUACCAAUUCGGUUGUUCAUACACCGAUUGUUCUCGAAUCCGUGUUCAUCACAUUUUCAACAAAUGUGACGUUUGUGACACGAAUGAUUGUCUUCCACUUCACCUCAGCCAACGUCGAGGUGGAGCGGUCGGUUCUGGAGGAUCGCUGAACUACAAUCGUGGUGGUAGUGGUACUGGUGGCUCUGUAGGAGGCUAUGGUAAUGUUGGAAGCAUUGGUAGUGGAGGAUCAGUUGGUUACGGUAAUGGGCAAGGCAUUGGUACUGGUGGCGCUGUAGGAGCUUAUGGUAAUAGUGGAGGUAUUGGAAGUGGUGUAGGUUAUGGUAAUGGAGGCAGAAGAGGAGACAUAGGUACUGGUGGUUCCAUACACGGUGGCGGAAGGAGUGGUGCUAUUGGUACUGGAGUUAGGGUUGGUAAAAGUGUUAAUAUUGUAAUUCCUAGUUUUGUUUUGUUUGUUUUUACUCAUCUGAUUGUUUUUUAAUAAAAUUUUAGUUUUUUUAUUAGUUUUGUUUUAAUUUAGUCGUCGAGGAGUGUUAUAUUUAAUAUUAUUACUUUAGCCUUAUCCUAG